AUGGGUACUUCAAAUCUUGAUCGUUUAAUCAUGUCUCUUCCCGAAUCUGACAUAGAUCACUUGAAGCUUCACAAUAUCCAAGAUCACCAGUGCAAUUCAUCGUCAUCACUAACAACACCCAAUGCACUCGAGAAUGGCACUCAAGACAAUCAAGAAGAUACAAGUUCAUCUUCUGGUGGUUUGAAGGUCCAAGUACCAUAUCCUACCGGAGAAUUUAAGGUCAGUAAUGACGACGAUAAUCCCAAGACUCCGACAGCUACGGAGCAUAGAAUUCCUGUAAUGACAACUUGUCCACUAGCUCCAAGAAAAGCCAAGCGGGUUCCGGCGACCGGGAAAAGGAAGGCGCCAUUUUUUGCGGGAGUUAUUACUCCUGAGAAUUUUUUGAUUUAUGUAGAUGCGAUGCUUGCUUUGAAUGAAGCUGUUUACGUCCCGGAUAUUGUGGUCGGCGAUCUUGGCGCCGGUGACCGUGCCAAGAGAUUAAAGCCAGUGACAUCACCGGCUCACGAACCUUGA